AUGGACGAAUUAUCCCCUUUGUUUUCAAAUUUUGAGUGUAGUUAUGAUGUGUUUUUGAGUUUUAGAGGAGAGGAUACUCGAUCCAAUUUCACUGGUCAUCUUGACAUGGCUUUAAGGCAAAAGGGAGUCAAUGUCUUCAUUGAUGACAAGCUCAAUAGGGGUGAGAAAAUUUCUGAAUCCCUUUUCCGAUCUAUAGAGGGAGAUUUGAUUUCUAUUGUUAUAUUCUCUGAAAAUUAUGCAUCUUCUUCUUGGUGUCUGGAUGAAUUGGUGAAAAUAAUCGAGUGUAAAAAAUGCAAAGGCCAAAUAGUUUGGCCAAUUUUCUAUAAGGUGGAUCCAUUGGAUAUACGAAAGCAAACAGGAAGUUUUGGAGAAGCAUUAGUCACACAUCAAGCUAAGUUCGAAAAAAAAAUCCAAAUUUGGAGGGAAGCUUUAACUAAUGCUGCUAACUUAUCUGGAUGGGAUCUCGGAACUAGGAAGGAAGCUGAACUUAUUCAAGACAUCGUUAAAAAAGUGUUGUCUAUAUUAAAUCACACUUGCACGCCUUUAUAUACAGGAAAAUAUCCGGUUGGAAUUGAUUCUCAACUAGAAAAUAUGAGGUUUCAUUCCCAUUGUUGGACACAACAUGAGCCUAAUAAUGGCGUGUACAUGGUGGUGGGGAUAUAUGGAAUUGGUGGCAUAGGAAAGACCACCUUGGCUAAAGCUUUAUACAACAAAAUAGCUUACCAAUUUGAAGCGGCCUGCUUUCUAUCAAAAGUUAGGGAAGUUUCAAAGCAAUUCAAUGGCCUCGUUCAGCUACAGGAACACCUACUCCAUGAGAUCUUAAAAGAAGAUUUGAAGGUCGGCAAUCUUGACAGAGGAAUCAACAUUAUAAGGAAUAGACUUCGUUCAAAGAAAGUUCUUAUAGCUCUGGAUGAUGUGGAUAAGCUUGAGCAGUUAGAAGCAUUGGUUGGUGGGCGUGAUUGGUUUGGUCCUGGUACUAAAAUCAUUGUGACAACAAUUGCCAAACGUUUACUUUCUAUCCAUGAAUUUGAUCAAAUGUAUGGUAUUCGAGGAAUGAAUCACGACGACGCCCUUAAACUUUUUAGUUGGCAUGCUUUUAAAAAAAGUCAUCCACCAAGUGAUUACUCAGACCUUUCCGAACGUGCUACAAGUUAUUGUAAGGGUCAUCCUUUAGCUCUGGUUGUUUUGGGUUCUUUUCUUUAUAAAAGAAACGACCAAACACGAUGGAGAAGCAUAUUAGAUGAAUUUGAAAACUCUUUGAAAAUAGGCAUUAAAGAUAUUCUUCAAAAAAGUUUUGAUCAGCUUGAAGAGAAAGAAAAGGAGAUUUUCCUUGAUAUUUCUUGUUUCCUAGUGGGAGAAAAAAUUGACUACGUUAGGUAUACUUUAAAGGCAUGUCAUCUCAAUCCAGAUUAUGGACUUACCGUCCUUGAUGAUCUUUCACUUAUUACGGUUGAAAAUGAUAAGGUGGAAAUGCAUGAUUUAAUACAACAAAUGGGUCAUACAAUAAUCAAUAGUGAAUCUUCUAAGCCGGGAAAAAGGAGUAGAUUGUGGUUGAAAGAAGAUGUUCUGAAGGUGUUUAUGGAUAAUUCAGGAACUGAUGCAGUUAAUCCCAAAAGUUUGGACGUGGAUCCACGAGCUUUUAAAAACAUGAAAAAUCUGGAAUUACUUAUGGUUCGAAAUGCAAGUUUUUUUACAAAUCUUGAAUAUCUACCGCCUAACUUAAAAUGGAUUACGUGGCAUGGAUUUACUCAGCAAUCUUUGCGGUCUUGCUUUAUUACGAAAAAUCUUGUCGGAUUAAGUUUACCACAUAGUCUCAUCAGAAAUUUUGAGAAAGAAUUUAAGGAUUGUAAAAGGUUGAAGCUCAUUGAUCUUAGUUACUCUACUUCAUUAGAGGAAAUUCCUGACUUCUCUCCAUCAUCAAGCAUGGAAGAAUUGUAUCUCAGCCACUGCACAAAUUUAAGAAUAAUUCCGACAUCAGUUGCUUCUCUUGGUAAGCUUAUUACGUUAGACCUUAAUCAUUGUUCAAACCUUAAAAGGCUUCCAAGCUACUUCAUGUUGAAGUCUCUUAAAGUUUUGAAUCUCUCUUAUUGCAAUAAACUUGAGGAACUUCCCGACUUCUCUGCAGUAUCAAGCCUUGAAACAGUGUAUCUCAAUAACUGUACAAAUUUAAGAGUGAUUCACGAGUCUAUUGGAUCUUUGGAUAGUCUCAUUAAGUUGGACUUUAGAGGAUGCACCAACCUUGAAAUGCUUCCAAGCUACCUCGAAUUAAAGUCCCUUAAAUAUUUAUAUCUCUCUGGGUGCUGUAAGCUUGAAACGUUUCCAGAAAUUGCUGAAAACAUGAAAUCUUUAGUACGGUUGGAUUUGAGUUUUACAGCCAUAAAGGAGCUUCCUUCCUCAAUUAGGUACCUUACAGCGCUCUUUGAUUUAGACCUUCACGGUUGUACAAACCUCAUCUCCAUUCCUAAUACCAUUUAUUUGUUACACAAUCUUCGAGAACUUAGCCUUGGUGGGUGUUCUAGAUUUGAAAUGCUACCCCUCACUUGGGACUCAAUUAUCCAUCCAACAUGCUCUUCUUCAAAUCAUGGAAACUUUGUCGAGUUCAGAAUUUCCUCAUUUAGCAGUUUCAAAAGGGAGCCUAUGUUUUAUGAACACCAUUACUUGGUUCUUGAAAAAUGCACCAUAUCAAAUACUGAUUUUUUGAAAGCUUUAUGUGAAGUCACCCCUUUCUUAUCUUCUCUAUUCUUGUCGGGUAACAAAUUCUCAUGUCUCCCUAAGUUUUUGUCCUUAAAGAAUCUCCGAAUAAGGAAUGACAUGUUUCUUCAAGAAAUUCCAAACCUCCCUAUGUGUACACAAGAAUUGGAUGCCAUUAGUUGUGAAUCUUUGGCCAAAAGUCGAGACAACGUUGAUGAUAUAAUAUUAAACAACGAGGAAGGACUCGAAUGGGGUUGGUUAAUCGACAAUGCUUGCAACGGCGUCGACGGGUUGAUGUCGUGUAUUAAAAGCCUUGGAAUUGAGAGUUCUAAUGAGAGGUUGGUGAAUGAUGAAGUGAUGACGAUGGAGGAUGGCGGCAGUGAUGGGAGCAAGGAAGAGGCUAGUAGGAUGUUUGCAGAAACUUUCUUCGAGGGAAAUUCGUGGUCUUCAUCUGGUAUUGGAGAACUACCAAAGAUUCAUAAUAAAGGGAUCUAUAAUGUUGUAGAAGAAAUCGAGAUGAAAUUCGGAUUUUACAA